CAUACACGGUAGACCUAAAUCAUGUGGAUGUUAAUUUAUGCUGUCGGGUUUUCGCAGAGUGAGAGGUAACAGAGAAGACUCAAGGGUCUAUACCUAACCGGCGGCCAUAACACUUCGUAAAAUGGGGCAUUCUAUACUUCUUUAUUAAUAAAAUCCUAUCCCACCGGACUUUAUGGAGCAAAUCAGUAAACUUUCCAAAUGACGACGCUGAUUGCUUAAAUUUUGACUGAAGUGGGACAGUUUUAUAUAGAUAUGGCCGAUCGGGAUCGAAAUAAGAAAGUCCUCUUGGAUUUGGCUAAACAACCUAACAACAACCGUUGCGCAGACUGCGGAGCCCCAGAGCCGGACUGGGCGUCCUAUAAGUUAGGCAUCUUUGUAUGCCUGAACUGUUCUGGGACUCAUCGCAAUCUACCUGCAAUCAGCCGCAUUAAGUCCAUACGUUUAGACUACUGGGAUGAUGACGUGGUGGAGUUCAUGAAAGCCAAUGGUAAUGCUGCAGCCGGGACUAUUUAUGAAAGAGCAGUUCCUGCCUUCUACUACAGACCACAAGAACAUGACUGUGUAGUUUUGAGGGAACAGUGGAUAAGAGCCAAGUAUGAGAGGCGGGAAUUCACAGAGGAGAACUCACACCUUCAACAGGCCUACUGUUCAGGCUUCUAUGAAGGCACCCUGUGGAAGAAGGGGAAGGACAGCAAGCAGUUCCUGAAAAGGAAAUUCAUUCUCUCGGAGAAGGAUUUCACCCUAAAGUACUUCUCCAGGGAGGAUGAGUCGAAAGGCCCCAAAGCCGUUAUCGCCAUAAAGGAUCUGAACACCGUUUUCCAGCCGGAGAAGAUAGGCCACCUGCACGGGCUGCAGAUCACGUACCUGCAAGAGGAGCACACCAGAAACAUGUUUGUGUACCACGACAGUGGACAGGAAAUUGUUUCCUGGUUCAAUGCAAUCCGGGCUGUACGGUUUUCUUAUCUGAAGACAGCCUUCCCCACAGCUACUGACGAUGAACUAAUACCCCGGAUUACUAGAAGUUACUUAAAGGAAGGUUAUAUGGAGAAAACAGGUCCGAUGCAACGGGAACCGUUCAAAAAGAGGUGGUUCAUCCUGAAUUCAAAUGACAGAAAACUGCUCUACUUCAAAACUCCGCUGGAUGCAGUGGAGCUUGGGUCGGUGUUCAUAGGCACCGAGAGCCACGGCUACUCGGUGAGAGAGAGCCAGCCCCAGCGGACGCGGGGGAACAAGUGGAAGUGCGGCGUGACGGUGGAGACUCCGGACCGGCGGUUUGUCUUCAUGUGCGAGCAGGAGCUCGACCAGAGGGAGUGGGUGGAGUCCUUCAGGCUGGUCAUGUCCCAGCCCAUGACCCCUCAGCACUACAACACUGAAGCCAAUAUGAAGAGGAGGAAAUGACGGGAGAAAUCGGGAAAAAAAAGACAAGAAGCAGAAGAAAAAUAUAUGAAGAAAAAGGGAGGAAAAGAGAACAAGAAAAAAAAAAAAAAAAGACCCACUUGCACUCGUGCUUACUCCCAGAAAGCUCUCAGCUCUGAUACAGAGGACACAAGAUUUGGAGGAGUCACAUGUAGGGGGAGACACUAUAAAAUUGAUAACACAACCUUUCUCAUGUUUGGAGAUGAGCUACCUUGUUGAAUAGUCUUGAUGAAGAUACAAACUGGUACUUUUAGCAGUAUACAUGCUGUCCCACUUUAUUUUGGUUUUAAAUUUCAUCAGCUUGGACAAAAACUAUGGCUGACAUUCCCAUAAAUUCACAUGUGGAUCACCAAUGAUGGGCUGUUGGAAAAUAGGUUUGGUCUGAGGCAUGUUUAGCACGAUGGACACAAGAACAGGCCUAUACAAUUUCUCCUGUUUAUACAUUUGUAGGAUUAUCAUAAUAUCAUAAGAAACUAUGAACCUUUUUACAGAGCAGAUAUGCACUGACUGGAAUUUUACGGUGGAAUAUGCUCAGAUUGGCCAAAGAUCAUCAGGUGUGUAUCUGAGGAAGAUCCACUUGAAUAGAUGGAGGUUUGUCAGUGCCAUGCUUUCUCUGCUGUUUAGGAAACAUGGUCUCCGUUUGGCUAUUACCUAACAUGGUAUGUUUUUUAAAAAUAUGCUCAGAUUGAGGAAUGCUUGUCUAUGAAAUGCAAGAUAGUAUUAUCAAUUCAGUUAGAACUCUCCGAUACAGUAUUAAAAGUGGCAUACGUUUAUUUUCCAGUUUGGAGCAAGAUUGCGACAAGAAUGUUACUUGAAAUAUAUUUUAAAUACUAUUAUUUGUGCAUGCGCUUGUACAAUACUCGUGUGUUUGGUAUAAAAAUGAGGAUUUUACAUUU